UUGCACUGAGGACAGUAGUUUUCGAUUGUGCUGUGCUCACUUCAUAUCGGAAAUAAAUGUCAUCGCGGAACUCAUCUAUUGUGCUAGUUGGAUAAAUAUUAAUACUAUUGCGCCCCUUUAAUUUUGUGAAGGACAAUGAACACCACUAUAAAGAUGAUUAAAUUAGAAAUGCCUUCAUUUAAAGAAAUAUUAAAAGAUACUGGAGGAAACGAACAACUUCUAGAAGAGCUACUGAUUAAACUUCGACUAUGGUUGAAGCAGCAAAUUCAUCUUCCUGAAGAUAUCUCUGAAAAACGAUUAAAGUUCUACAUUUACAGUGCAAAAUUUAAUUUAGAAAAAGUUAAGAAACGCUUGGAUUUGCAUUAUACUCUUCGUAAUCUAAUUCCGGAGGUUUUCACAACUCGUGACCCAUUGGCUGACUGUGUGCUUAAAGUAAAUACAUAUAUACAAGUUGUAACCCUACCAAUAUUAACAUCAGAAAAUUAUAGAAUAACUAUAGUACGGUGGUUACAUUCCGACAGUUCUGUAUUUAAUGUAUAUGAUCUUAUAAAAUAUUUCGGCAUGAUAAUGGAGACACGUAUAGAGGAAGAUAUAGUUAAUUCCGAUGUUCUAAUUUACGAUUGUACCAAUUUGACUUUCGGUCAUAUAUUGAAGUAUACACCAGUUGCAAUAAAAAAAUUCGACAUUAUUUUGGAAUCAUACGGUUCAAGAAUGAAAGCAAUUUAUGUGAUAAAUACACCAAGUUAUUUUGAUGUCUUAAUGACAAUAGUUAAAUCAGUAAUGAAGGCCAAAAUUGUUAACCGAACACAUCUUUAUACAUCCGGAAUAGAAUCAAUAUAUGGGAUUAUACCAAGAUCUCUUUUACCACUAGAAUAUGGUGGUGAACAACCAUCACUGAAUAUUUUAUCAGAUAUGUGGAACGCAAAAUUGAUAGAACGAAGAGAAUGGUUCCUGAAGGAAGAAAAAGUUAAAGUUAACGAAUCUCUCCGAUCAAAUUCUGUAAUAAACCCGGACGAUCUAUUCGGAGUUUCUGGAACAUUUCGAAAAUUAGACAUUGAUUAACGUGAAAAUGAUAACGUGUUAUUUUAAAGGUACUCGUAUGUUCAAGUCCUGAGGGAGUAGACAGUGAGGUCAGAAGCACGAUAAUGGGGCUAAUAAAUGGCCUCGGACCGCCCUUUGCAAUGCAUCCUUGACUCGUUGAAACCUUUCGAAGAACAUGUAUCAUGCUGAAACCGCAAUUUUCACGUAUAUAUCAGCUUUUAUUAAUAUAUGAUACUAUCAAUUUGUUGCUGCAUGUAAAGUCGCGCAUAAACGUAUAAAACUUAUAAUAUGAUUUC